AUGUGCUCGCAAUGCGCUCCUGCCCACUCAUCCCAGCACACUUUGCUGCGCGCGUCCAGUCUUCCUGCACCCGAAGUUGAGCAACAUUUACUGAGCAUGCGUCGCCUGUCAGUGUGCAGAAGAGCACCACAGAGAGCUCUCCGACAGGGUUCAGUGUACCAAAAGAACAGAGGGGAUUUCCCAGCUUCUCUCAGCAAACUGCAGCAGCUAAUUCAAGACCAGGUGCAAAUUCUCCAUUCUGAUAUCGCAGGGGACCAAGAGGGUGUGGUGUUUGCGGAGGACACUGGAGGAGGACUGUGGUGGUUUGCUGUCUUGAGCAAGAAGUUGAUCUUUCACCUCCAGGAGCUGCAGAUAGAGACGGAACACGAGCUCAACAACACUCAGACACAACAACUCCACAUUGAAGGCCGUCUGCAGCAGCUGACAUCGGAGUUGUUUGCGCUGCGAGAGAAGAAGGAGCAAAUCCAGCAAGAAUUCACAAGUAACCCCACCCUUCACACAUCAACCUUGCAGUUGCGGGCUUGUCGGGCCCUUCAGGCCUCUAUUGCUGAGGGUCUGGUCCAGUCAGAGAGGCUUGUGUUCCAAAAGGAGGCACUGAGCACGCUCCGUAGCCUUCUUACACAAGACCUGCACAGAUACUGGGAAGAGACGCAAAGACUAGUUUGUUUCGUACAGAGAAUUCUCAAACACAGCCGAGAAGAGGAAGAGGAGACUUCCACCAACAGCCCCAGUGGCCACAGCAUGCAAGAAAAGAACGAGACAAACAAUAUGCAUACACCUGCGCCUCCAUCCCAAUCCCCACUUACAACCAACAAAGAAGAAGACGUACAGAACUGGAGAGCCAGUCAGAGGAAAACAGGCCUCUCAAAUCUGCAACGAGCCAGCAGCGUCAAAGACCUUAUCAGUAAAUUCUCUGGUCCAGAGCAUGACUUAUAUCUUGGGUCUUCUCUGGGUCUUUUUUCAGCCGCAGGGAGAGGUCCAAAGUUCAUUUCCUUUGAGACUGUUUUGCCUCCUAAGUCCAAGUUGCGUUCGACCGUUAUCGGUCCAUACGACAGUCCACUUCCGAGCAUCUAUGUGACGCCUCCGUUCAGGGAGGAAAUUCGGCGAGCUGCUGAAUUCGCUCCAAGAGAUGCGGGAAUUAGCCAGAUAACUGCAAGAGCUGAUUGUCCAGUAAGAGCGAGGAGUCAAAAGACUGAUUCAAACAAAUCAACAGACUCUGGUAGAGAUUCGGUGGCAGACUCUGGCGUGGGAUCGGAGCCUGAAAGCGAAUCGAAUAAGCAAACAGACAGCCUGUCAGAGGAGGAGCCCUCCACUCCCCGAGUCGUGCCGCCCAGCCCCAAAUAUCAGCUGUUCCUCAACAAUGAUCUGAAGACCAACGGCUUGAGUGGAAAGGAUGCAGAUGGUCCGGGAGGCGGAGGGUCGCCGGGGGAGAACGGCCCCAGGCUGUCCCGGUGGGAGACCACUCAGACAGGGCUCAACAACUUCCAAGGGUCCAUGGAGUCAGUCGCCUCGCGGGACUUAGAAACUGAUCGGACCAUCUUUGCUGAAAGCCCUCGAGUGUUCAACAGUCCCUACACCAUGAAUAUAAACACAUCUUCUGAUUACAACCCGAUAUACCGGACAAAUGAGUUUAAGAGUGGAAUUUCGCCUGCCACCUCAGAGUUGAACCUGCACACCUUCAACAGCCGCAGCAGCAGUCCCGUGCCUAUGAGCGGGCCCUCUCUCAUGCCCACACGCAUAAGAUAUUCUGCCUACGAUUCUCUGUUAAAAAGGAGAAACGACGUUCCCAACCCUGUGAUAUCAACCCACUACAACAUGCGUUCUGCCACACUGGGGGGCCUCAGUAGAAAAGACUUUAUUGAGGAAUUGACCUUACAGUUGGAUAACUGUCAGAAGCGUAACCAGUUUCUGGAGGCCGAGAGUGUGGAAAUGGAAAAAGAGAGAAACCAGAUCAGGUUUGAAAUGAGGAGCCUAUUGGUGAACAACGAAGACCUGCUGAGGACCAACACUCAGCUGUCCAAUGAGAUGAAGAGAAUGAGAGAGCAAAUGAUCGAGAUGGAGAGAACAAAUCAGAACUUGGCAGAGAAGCAGAGAGAGAUGGAGAUUGAGGUGAAGCAGGCCCGUGACAUGAUGGUGGAGGCCAACACUCAGGAGUACGCCUUCGGUUUCCUCCAGCAGUCUCUUAAAAACAAGAUCCAGGAUGCGGAGGACUCCCUUGAGAAGCAGACGCUGCACUCUCAGAAUCUGGCAGAGAAGUUAUGGCUGGCAGAGAGACAGCUGGAGGAGCUGGAGGUGGACAAGGACAGCAAAAGCAAGAAGACCUCUGAACUCAGCGACACUGUCCUAAGACUGGAGACAGAGCUGGCCGACGCCUUGCAGAUGUCCUCGCAGUCUUCUGCAGAGUUUAACCUUCAGCAGAAAUUGCGUCAGGAUGCGCAGCUGAGGAUGGAGGAGCUGGAGGAGACUCUGCUGGAGAAGGAUCAGGAACUUCAGAGACAUCAGGCACUCAUCAUCAGACUGCAGGGAGAUGUGUCCGGUAAGCUGAUAGACAAGGAGCAAACGUUGGAGGAGGAGAUCCAGCUGAGAGAGAGACUCCAGCUCCAGUGCAAGCAGGCGGAGAGGACCGUGGAUGACCUCCAAAUGGAGCUGCAGACCACCAUCCAGGCCAAAGACGACCUGGCCAAACAACUCAAGCAGGCUCAGGAGAAAAUGAUUGACCUUGAGUCUGAUGUGGAGGAGCUGCACGAUAGUGAGCAGAGAUGGGCCGCCAAGCACAAGAGAAAUAUCGAACAGACUGAGCAGCUGCAGAUGAAGCUCAUCCAGGAGAAAGAUCUGAACGACCAACUUGAAACUGAGAAGGCCAUCAUGGAGAGACAGUAUCGGGACACUGCGUGUGGGAGAGAGACGAAACUUCAGAGCAGCAAACCUUUAGAGGACGUCAUCUCCAAGACGGAGAGCCGUGUCAAAGAGCUGGAAAACCUUCUGAGAACUGAGGAGAGGAACAAAGCCGUUCUUUCGAACACAAUCGGUAAACUGGAGAGGAAGAUCAACGAGCUGAACGAUCAGAUGGAGGAAGAGCACAGGAUAGCUGCUGAGCAGAAAGACUUGAUGGCGCAGAGAAUCCGCUCGCUGAAGCGUCAGCUGAACGAGGCCGAGGAGGAGGCGAGCAGGAGAGACGCUCAACUCCGUCACACUCAACGGGAGCUGGCCGAGGAGCGGGAGUCCAACGGGCGCCUUCAGAGGCAGCUGCUCGACCAACACUUGCAAACAAAGCGUAAGGAGACUCUGACAAUCCGGCAGACUCUUGAUAACCUGCGGCUGGACCUCAGCAUUGAUGAUGAAGAUGAACUCCUGCCUCAAAAAAAAGAAGUGAAAGAGGAGAAAGUGCCGGAGCAGAUCAGUAAGGUCACUGAGGUUUAGAAAUCCAUCGUCACUUUGUCAGAAAGGAGGAAGAAGGAUCCCGAUAGGCCUGCACGACCAGCAGCUUUCGACGUGUAUCACAAUCACAACAUAGUUCCAUGGGAUCGAGUUUAGUUGUGUUCUUGGGGGCCAAAUUCUAUGCCACAUCUUUGCGAGCAUUUGUGCGCGUUUCUUAUCAGUCUAAAAGACAAAACAGCACAGAUAUUUUGUCCAUACGUAUUAGCAUUAUUUGGAAACAUGCUUCAACUCUACCACAGCAUGUGUGACCUUCUUACUGACUAGUACCUGAGAAACAAAUUGUUUCUAACUUAUGAAUAAUGCCAGGUCUUCAAAAUAUUGAAUAUCUCUUGAAAAUAUAUAUAUCAGUAAUAACUAGAUAAUCUUGGACAAAAUUAAACUUCAUUAGGUAACGUUGCAUCACAAACUCUGCCUUUAACGAAGACAACUGUCAUUUAAUAGUAGCAGUUUUGCAUUGGUCUUAAUUUGUGGUCGACUCUUCUAAUGGUGACAAACUGAGCAGAGCUGAUUAAUCCCCCACCAACACACCCACCCCCACCCCAUGCAGUUCUUUGAAAUUAUUACAUUGUGCAAGCAUCCCUAAUGUGAUCUGCCAGUGAGUGUGGCAUCAAUUUUACCCCCCAAGUAUGAACAGAUUAUAUCCGUCAAAAAGAUAUUUAUGUUAUUUAGCGCUACAUUUGCGUGUUUAAGUUGACUUGCGAGGUUAAUUAACAGGGAAGGGAACGUGUGUACAAAUAAGUACCGACGCAAUAAUAUUCUUAGAACUUCAAAAGAAUUUGUCUAAUAUAUUUAUUACUGUUCUGAUUGCCAAACUCACUGUUCAGUUUUAAAUGUGCCUUAACAAGUACAAACUCGCUAUUAAAUUUUUUUAAGGAGGUGUUUUAUACUUCAUGCCGUUGUACAGAAAGGUUAUCAAAUUCGAGAAUAAUUAGGGUUUAUUUUACCAGGUUUUGCGAUCAUUUAUGCAUAAAAAUAAUGGGUUCAGUAUAAAAAUGAUUCAUUUUGAUUUUAUGGAGGUUUGCAGACAAUCUUUAAGGAGGGUUUUUCAUGUUAAAAUGUGUUUUUAUUUUUAUUUUUUGGCAGGGGGGGGGUCAUUAUGAUUUUACUGUUUGUUACUAUAUUAAAGGGAAAUGACAAAACUGUGUAAAAGUGCAGAGCGUGGGAGUCACAACAACUUUUGCAAAUGUAUUUAAAUUAAUAAACGAAGUUGCGUUGCUAAUCACUGAGUGGGCAAAACAGGUUUGUCAAGAAUGAAAAAUAUACUUCUAAAGCUCCGUCUCUAGAAUUUAGGCUGGUAUAUACUACUGAAUGAAAAAAAAAUGUUAAUGAGCCUGAUGUGCUCAUUGUUUUUUUUUUCAACAUCCACACUGUAACCCGAAGUUUUAAAAUGCAAUUAAUGUGGAAAAAAUAAAUACUAGGCCUGCAUAAAUUGAAUCUUGGAAAAAUUAGGCUUCUUUUAUUUUGGUCUUCACAAUCGCAUUUGGUGUUCUUUGAUACUUCAUCUCAGUGCCUCUUUUGGUCUCAGAGAAUAAAUGAGCUAUUUUAUAUAUACAGUAUAAAGUUUAUUGUAAGGCUAAUAUUCAGAUAAAGCAAGGAUUAUACCAUCUAGUUUGUUUACAUUUGUUGGUGUAUUUACUUUCUGUGCUGUUUGGAGUCAAAUUUGAUUUAUUCCCUUGCUGACUUGUCUUAUUGCUGUUCUUUCUGUGUUCAAGAAAAGAAGCUACAAUAAUUAUUUCCAACAAAUUAAAAGAUCCUGUAGUUUAUUUUCCAUUUCAUUAAACAUUUGUACUAGUUAUGCUGCUCAUCUUAGAUAUUUAUUGUUGUUUUUCCCACAUUCCCUGUCUUUGGUGAGA